AUGCCGCAAGAGGUGAUUUUUACCCGCACAGUGACUCUUUGGAAACUGAUACAGCUUGUGAGACUCAGCCAGCCGAGGGUGGAAAAUGAAAGGCUUGGCGCGGCGACCUUUGGCUGUCGCAUCCGGCGCCAAAUAAAAGGGUCGCGCUCCGGCCGAGGCCCGCGGAUGUGUAUGUCCGCCCCUGCUCUUACAGCGUGCCUGCGGGCCGUGCUGGCGGACUCGCGCUUCUUCUUGGUGUGCAUGUGCUUCCUGACCUUCAUCCAGUCCCUCAUGGUCUCCGGGUACCUGAGCAGCGUCAUCACCACCAUCGAGCGGAGAUACAGCCUCAAGAGCUCCGAGUCGGGGCUGCUGGUCAGCUGCUUCGACAUCGGGAGCCUGGUGGUGGUGGUCUUCAUCAGCUACUUCGGGGGGCGCGGACGGAGGCCGCUCUGGCUGGCCGUAGGGGGGUUUUUCAUCGCCCUAGGGGCUGCGCUCUUCUCCUUACCUCAUUUCAUCUCGCCGCCGUACCAGAUCCAGGAAUUGAACUCCUCCGUCAGUAACGAGGGCUUGUGCGUGACUGGCAAUGGCACCGCCAAAGAGCAGUGGGACUCGCCGGCCUGUGUCAAGGACUCCGGCGGAAACGACCACUCCCUGUACGUAGCUUUAUUCAUUUGUGCCCAAAUCCUCAUUGGCAUGGGCUCGACACCCAUCUAUACCUUGGGACCAACCUACCUAGAUGACAAUGUCAAGAAAGAAAACGCCUCGCUUUACCUAGCCAUCAUGUAUGUAAUGGGAGCACUUGGUCCUGCAGCUGGAUACUUACUAGGAGGACUUCUUAUUGGUUUCUAUGUUGAUCCUAGGACAACUGUUUAUAUUGACCAGAGUGAUCCCCGAUUCAUUGGAAACUGGUGGAGUGGAUUUCUCCUUUGUGCCAUUGCAAUGCUCCUUGUGAUAUUUCCCAUGUUUACCUUUCCGAAAAAGCUUCCUCCUCGACAUAAAAAAAAGAAAAAGAAAAAGAAGAUGAACUCUGAUGAUGUUUCAAGUGAUGAUGAGGUGAUGAAAGAGAAAACAAAUAGUAAAAUACAAGCAGACAGUGCAGUUCCUGCCUCUAUGGGAUUUGGAAAGAAUGUUAAAGAGCUUCCAAGAGCAGCUGUCAGGAUCUUAAGCAACAUGACAUUCCUUUUUGUGAGUUUGUCAUACACAGCUGAGAGUGCCAUUGUCACAGCUUUUAUUACCUUCAUUCCCAAGUUCAUCGAGUCACAGUUUGGCAUCCCAGCUUCCAAUGCCAGCAUCUACACUGGUGUGAUUAUUGUCCCAAGUGCUGGUGUUGGUAUUGUCCUAGGCGGCUACAUUAUAAAAAAACUGAAACUCGGUGCAAGAGAGUCUGCAAAGUUGGCUAUGAUCUGCAGUGGUGUGUCUCUGCUGUGCUUUUCAACUCUUUUCAUUGUUGGAUGUGAAAGCAUUAAUCUAGGGGGAAUAAAUAUACCUUACACGACUGGUCCCACUCUUGCCAUGGCCCACAGGAAUCUGACUGGGAGCUGCAAUGUUAACUGCGGAUGUAAGAUUCAUGAGUACGAGCCCGUCUGUGGAUCAGAUGGAAUAACAUAUUUUAAUCCUUGCCUAGCUGGCUGCAUCAAUGGUGGAAACCAUAGCACAGGGGUAAGAAAUUACACAGAAUGUGCCUGUGUCCAGAGUCGCCAGGUGAUCACUCCGCCAACAGUGGGCCAGCGCAGUCAGCUCCGUCUGGUUAUUGUCAAAACCUACCUGAAUGAGAAUGGCUAUGCUGUUUCUGGGAAGUGUGAUCGAACCUGCAACACACUUAUCCCGUUCCUGAUAUUUCUCUUCAUUGUUACCCUUAUAACAGCGUGCGCCCAGCCAUCAGCAAUCAUAGUAACACUGAGGUCUGUGGAAGAUGGAGAGCGGCCCUUUGCACUAGGAAUGCAGUUUGUUUUAUUACGAACUCUGGCUUACAUUCCCACUCCAAUAUAUUUUGGGGCUGUUAUUGACACCACGUGCAUGCUUUGGCAACAGGAUUGCGGCAUACAAGGAUCUUGUUGGGAAUACGAUGUCACCUCAUUUCGUUUUGUCUACUUUGGGUUGGCAGCUGCUCUCAAGUUUGUUGGAUUCUUUUUUAUUUUUCUGGCCUGGUAUUCCAUUAAGUGUAAAGAAGAGCAACUGCAGAGACAGAGAUGGAGGGCUUCACCGGUGAACACUGUGAGUGAGAUGGUUGGCCAAGCUGGACCCCAACAAAACUAUGCACGGACUAGAUCCUGCCCUACCUUCAGUUCCCGAGGAGACAUCAGUGUGGCACAAGGAAUGAACUGCGUAGCACAGACAUACCCCGGCCCUUUUUCAGAAGCAAUAAAUUCCUCAAAUGAAAAUGCAUUGGAAGAAGUCACUGCUGAGAUAUAGACCCCUGGCUUGGUAAUGUAAUACUUAGUUUUGUUGGUUGACUUAAUUAUGGCGCCUUGUAAAACACCUGUGCCUUCUAUUUUUAAUCUAAAUGUAACACGUGAUAAAACCAACAAAGCUUAAUGUAAACAACCAUAGUAUGUUCCUGAGGGCUGGAUACCUCAAACCAACCCAAGUUCUUAUUUCUACCCUCCCGACAAUGGAGUUUUAAAAAUUGUGUUUGUAAUUAUUUCAGAUGUGUCCAUUAAAUGUCCAUGCUCUGAUCUAAUAUCAUGUAAGGGUGAGGUAUUAUGAACAGCAGAAGUCAGUGGAAGAGUGACAAAAACUCAUAUUGUUGAUGUCUAGAAGUCACAAAAAUGCUUAAAUGUAUUGUCAACUUCAUAUCCGCAAAUCAUAUUUUUAAGAGAUGAGUAAUUACUGUGAGUUCUGCUACAAAGCACAACUGAACUUUUUUAAACUAUGCAACUUAUUUGGAUAAUUUUAUGUGCAGCAAAUUAAGUUUAACAUUUGCUUUAAAAGACAUUACUGCAACUGAAUUUGAAAGGGGCUAUUUUCAGACACAAGCAUUAAAUUAAAGAAAAACAUAAGGUUUAAAGUACUGUUAGUAACAUGUUAAGCCAUACAAAAGUUAUGCAUCAGGUAGUGCUUGCAAAUGUUGAGUCGUUAGUAUCUUUAUCCUGUCAAAAUACGCAUUAAUUUUCAUUUGAUGUGAUGUAGUCAUUUUUCACAAAGUACACAGGCUGGGAAAGUAUAAUGCUUGGAGUAAAAAAACUUCAGUAUUAAUCUAUAAUAACAUUAAGAUGUAGGAAUCGUACACACGUACCAGAGCGGAUAUGUGCAUAUUUCUGUAAUGUUAUUUAGGUGGUCAUUAUUAGCACCAAAUCCAAU